AGCUGGAGGGGGCUGCUCUUGACUAGUAUGGAGAGGAGGGAGGUCACAGGAGGAGGAAGGACAAGAUUGCAACGUGGUUUAGGAGAAGGGCGAGAAGGGAACGAGACAGUCGGUCAUGGUGGAGAGGAGUACAGGAGCGCGGCUGGGAGGGGAGGUGAGGUGGUGUUGACAGGCGGUGGAGAUCGUGAGAGUCGGUCACUUGGCAGGUUUCAUGAUCUCGAGGAGCGUGCUGACAGAGGAUCGCUGUCGCAAAGAGCGGGUGUGAAGUCACCGGCGGGUUUAUCUCACGUGGGGACUAUCAGCAGGAGGUUGCGCCUUGGGCGGAGACGUCCUGUGCCGGAAGAGGAGGGGGAGGGGGAAGGGGGAGAGACCACAGAUAGCGACUACACUGAAGGUCCCAGCGUCGAGGCUUCUAAUAGCGCUGCUACGGGGAGCGAAUGUUUAGAGGGAAACUCGUCGUCUGUACUUGCACACGAGAAGGCCGCUCAGCCGGCGGAACUGGCCAUGUCCAUGGCUAUGGCGAUGCAAUUGUCGGCAAGGCGAAAGGACACCACCACCAUUGACAUGAACUCUAAUGCUGUGAACAACUACGAGCGAGGCGAGAUGACCAAGAUGUCCCCUCCUUUGCGAGGAUCUGGCCAUACCAUGCGAUAUACUCAUGGCCCAUCUUUCCGAAGAAUGCAAGCUGGGGCAACAUCAUCAUCGCUCACUGGUAAACUGGGAAUGUCGUCAUCCAGCAUCUGCGCCCCAUGCAAGAAUACCAGGCGGUCGACUAAGUUCUCCAUGAACAUCUUUAAGUCGUGGCUUGAGACGCAGAAGAACUCUCCCUUCUACGGAACUUGGUCCUUGCCGUUUCACGAGCAGCCAGUGACAGACCUUAAUCGGUUGCUCAGCCAAUUUGUGGUGUCAGUGAGAAAGAAGAGCUCUGUGUCCACCAACACUCUGGAAUCUCGCUACCCUCCUCGCACUCUGAAAACUAUAAUCCAUGGACUCGAGCGAGCACACAAGGAGGAGGUGCUCCUGCUCAACGAAUCCGGUCAGGGUGGAAAGAAGAGGAAAAUUUUGAGAUUCCUCGGAGAUGACCCCCAGUUCAAACCCUUCCGAACAUCCUUUCACAAAGUGUGCAAGGAGCUCCGGCGCAUGGGAGUUGGAACGCAGGUGCAGAAGGUGCCACCCUUGUCCCGCAGCUCAGAGUUAGCAGCACUCGACUCGCCGGCUUGCAGCCAAGAAGAUCCUGCUGGUCUUCAGAGGCGCGUCGUCUUAUUCUUAUUGACUCGGAUGGGUCUACGAAGUGGGGACGAGCUGCUGUACCUGAGGUUUAAGGACCUGCAGCGUGGGGAGACGGUGGAUGAAAGUGGGUGCAUCAGAGGUUACUGGGAACAUGUUGAACACAACUCAAAAACUCAUCGAAGAGGACUACGAGGACUAAAGAUUGAUCCCCGUGAGCCGCUGCGCAUUUACGACAUGCCGUGGGACGUGCAGCAUUGUCCUGUCUCGGCGAUGGAUCGGUAUAUGGACUUGAUGCAGCAACGGGGUCCAGAUUUCAAGGAUGAUGAGCGGUUGCUGAAGACGCCCUUCCACAUUGCGCCCCCCUCAGGAUGGUCAUCGACGACCAGAUGGUAUUCUCCACGUCCCAUGGGACGAAACACCAUAGCCAAGGUUGUGAAGCUUGUAACCAGGGGGGAGACAACAAACUGGGGAGGGAGAUUGGCAUACAUAACAAGGCUUUGCGAGGCUGGUUUCCAUGUCCCAAGCGUGAGGCAGCAUGCUGGACACCUGGCAGAGACAGUAGCCUGGUCGGAUGCGCUUGCUGCCGUACCCCGCCCACCCGAUUGGGGUACUCGGAGGGUGGAACACGAACAGGAAGGGGUGCAGGGAGCAAGAGGCAGGGCAGACAGCACCAUGGCAGGAACUUCUGGUGGAGAAGAGGGAAGUAGUAACGAGAAAUCCCGUCAGACAGAAAAGGGAGGUGUUGCAGACUCUGCCACACAUCCGCUCUUAUGUCGGGGAACGGUGGAAUCGUUACCAUCGGCACACAGAAGACGGCAACAAGAAGUGGAUGAGGAGGGUGUAGAAGAGGAAGGAGAAGACGAGGAAGAGGGGGAGGAGGACGAGGAUGAUGACGACGACGAUGAUGAUGAUGAUGAUGAUGAAGAGGACGAGGAAGACGAUGAGGGGAUUCAUGAGGAUCAGCAUGACAAACAGCUGCAGCAACAGCAUCAGCAAGAGCAUCAGCAAGAGCAUGAACCAGAGGAGCACAGCUCUGCAACGGACCGGGAUCGACAUCCUGGCCACAUUGGUGACUCCAGGUAUAAACGUCAAGGUUCCCGGAGUCAUGGAGAUCGAUCCGCAACUGUAGCGUCUUCUUCAGUGACAGUCACAGCGGCUGCGUCUGCUUCGCAUUCAUUGGCCUCGCCAUCUCCACAAGGGGCUGACACGUCAAGCGACGGGUCAGGUGACAGAUCACCUGGAUGCUCGAUUCCCAUCUGCUCGACUCUGUCGAAUGGAUAUGCUCAAGCGCGCGUGCUCGCGCAAACGGUACCUGCCGAAUCCAGAUUGCACCAACCUCAGCUGCCCCCACCUCCAUCAUCGGCUCAGCUUCGGUCUCCGUCGCUCCCCCAAGUUAGGGACAUGCUAUCUUUGGGGUUGGGAUUGCAGCUGGACGCUACUCACUCGUCGCCACUAACAACCAUGGACUCUCAGAACCGCCUGCCCUUGCGACAAGAGCCCGAAGAGGCUACCCGACAGCUUCAGCGGUCUACAGCAUCCUCGCUCGAAGAUGGCCCCAACUGCAGACCAUCUUCCCCCAUUCUUAAUGUCAACUCCUUGGUGUAUCUCUCCAGCUUGGUCAAUCCACCGGUCGCGCUCGGAUCAACAAAGAAGACGUCCACAGCUCCAGGUUACAACCCUCAUUCACCAAAUGGGAACGCUGCUGGACACGCCAUCUCUUGCACCAACAUAAACAGCUUCGCCCGCGUGGCACAAGUUCUCCUACAGCCGGAUCCUCUCUCUGCCUGCGCUUCGACACGUCGACAAGCAGCAUCGGCUAUGGUGUCGGAGAGCAGAGCGCUCCAGACGACAACCGGUUUCCCAUCCGAUUGCUGGAGUCCAUCUCUGCCCUCUACCAUUCAAGCUCGCUCGAGAUCCUCCGCGGCCGUCGGAUCGCACCCCACCACCUGCCACGUGGAUCGUUCUCAGUCGUUGAGCGGCGCAGGAGACCUGCCUAGUGCUGUGAGUGCCUCCGGAGGCCUUGCUGGCAACAAAGACACUCUCUCUGGCAAACGCAGGAGACUUGUGAUGGGGGACAAUGGCGCCUAUAGCGCGCGAAUCUGUUCAGCAGCAGCUGUUGUUUCGCCGCCGGUCGUUGAGGACGUCGACUCGGACCACGACGUGAAACCCUCCCACACGAGCUUAGCGGCCUUCCUGCAGAAGGUAGGUAUGAGCCCCCCCUCCCCCUCCCCAUGCCCCUCCCCCUCCCAGAAUACCGGCAGGUAUCGACGCCCAGAGGAGGACUGUCACAGCAAUGCUGGUCAUCAAGCCGUAGCCGGCCUCCUCCGAGCGUCUAGCAUGUCCGUUGACCCUAGGCUGACUCAAUGCGAGGGCGAGGAGGCUGUCAAAGGCUACUGCAAAACCGGAGAGGCUGGUAGGGAGGGUGGUAGAGAGGGUGUGACGAACGCGGGCAGGGCGAGCAGCGUAACGGAGGUGCACCGUGAGCAGCGCAACGUGGGAGUAGUGGCUGAGUACGCGGGAAUGGACAUGGACGAAGUCGCGACACGCGGAGGCGUUAUGUGCAGCAGGGGGGAGGCCUCCGGCGCGAAGGGGAUGGAGGGCGACACGUUUGCACACGCGACCAGCCGCGCGGGACUCCAUGCAGGGGGGAGUGCGCAAGUGGAUCACCACCUUGCCGCGGGGGUAUUUGGUCGAAGGGGGAGAGAGAGAGAGGGUGCGGAAAUGGCCGACAAUAGUGUAGAUGGGCAGAGGGGUCAUUUUCCCGCACAGGCUCCCCACGACAGGGGGGGAACGUCGUCGCAAGGAGCAGCCAGGUUGGCCUCGUUGAGAACGGCAUCUCCUCGAAGAAGAGAAAGCGAAGAAGGAGCAGGAGGACGAGGAGGAGGAAGGGUGGUAGACUGGAGAGGAAGAGGAGGAGCAGAUGGCGGAGAAGAAGCUCAAGGAGGAGGAGGAGGAGGAGACGGUGGUUUCCUUAUGGAGGAUACGUCCAGAGGACAUACGGCCAGUGGGACCAGAUAUGCGUCUGAGGGGACAUUCAUGUCGUCCGUAGAGGGCUCGGACAUGAUGCAGAAGAUGGUCGUAGGGACGAUCGAGGCAAAGAUUGAGGAGCGAAGGAAGGAGCUGUUUAAGGGAAAAGAGAAGCUGGGAGAACUAGAGACAGUGGUAAGUGUGAAACGGAGGGAGUUGAUGGAUUUGGUAGACGUAAGGGAGAAGAGGAAAAGAGAGGUUGAAGAGUGGACAGCGAGGAAAAUGCAGCAUGCGGAGGACAUGGCGGCUCUGGCCAAGAAGGCUAGGGAGGAGGCAGAGGAAGCAUGCAGAUUGCAACCUCAGAAGAUCAACGAAAUCGAGAUGGAGAUUUGGAAUCAAGAGGAGUUAGUGCAAAAGGAGAUUGUGAGAAGAGAGUUGGAACGCGACGACCUCAAGAAGACAAUCGACAUCCAGGAGAAACGACUGCUCGACAUGCAAAGAGACAGGGAGUCGAUUGUGCACAGGAUGCGCCACGUCAUGGAGCAGAUCGUCAGCCAACAUCUCGAUGGAUUGGUCAACUAGACUAAGUGAAGUGUUUUUGUGCACUUGAAAGCCGAAGCUCUACCUUUCGCUUUCUCCUCCUCCUCCUUCUGCUGCUGCUCCUUCUUCUGCUGCUGCUCUUCCUCCUCCUCCUCCUUCUUCUGCUGCUUCUCCUCCUCCUCCUGUUUCUUCUUCUGCUCCUGCUCCUCCUCCUCCUCCUCCUCCUUCUGCUUCUCCUCCUCCUUCCUCUUCUUCUUCUGCUGCUUCUUCUUUUUCUUCUGCUGCUCCUUCUUCUUCUUCUGCUCCUGCUCCUGCUCCUGCUCCUCCUCCUCCUUCUGCUCCGACGACGACGACGAAAACGACAAGAAGGACGAUGCCGACGACGCGGCUGGCGGGUGAAAAACACUUGUCGUCGCGCCCCUCGCCGCCUUCUUCCUCCCUCUUCUCACUUGCUUGUUUCUCUCUCUCUCUCUCUCUCUCUCUCUCUCUCUCUCUCUCUCUCUCUCUCUCUCUCUCUUCUAGAAGUCCUCUUUGCUUCGCUUACCGGACGACUACUUUUUCGAUGUUUCCAGUCGAUGUGCAUCUGCCGUCUGGACCCCUAUUAUGCCAACUUUGCCCCCGUCUGGGCAGUUGGGAAGUCGGUCGGUCGUCGCUACUAUAUGCAGGCCUACAUCAAGACGGUCUUAGAGAGUAGUAUGCCAUUACUGCCGUCUUCCAUAGUACGGUCUUCCGUACUAUGGAAGUGUCUAUAGACAAACAAAGUACGGAAUGCUGUGACUAUACCCCAUAGUACGGUCUUCCGUGGCUCUGACAGUGUGUAUGCGGCUAUGCACCCCUUCCAUGGCAAUGGAACGGUCUUCGAGGCACACACUUCGCUGCCAGAAUGAUGGCAGAAUCCAGAUCACGGGUGGACCUGUAUGCAUCUGGCCUCAAUUCCGUCUUCCAACUCGGAUGACGCGAGCAACGAAGAGAGAGAGAGAGUCGUGUUCGGACGGGAAAAAAGAGUGCCGUAGACAGAGGGCGUACUCACACUAGCACUAUCUUAAAUGUAUCUGACCGCAUUUACGGCUGGGAGCUGUAUGCAUCUGGCCGCGAUUCCGUCCAGAAAUAGGUAACAAAGUGCUACUGUGAGU